AUGCCUCCGAGACAUAGCGUACCUAGUGGAUAUGCCGGCGGAUACGCGAGCAUACCUCAAAGAGGUCACGCUCCAGUCGUUCAUGAAGACGCAGACAACCGUGAACCAGGAUUGUUAUUCACCUUUAUUCUGGCUAACGUUUCAACGUCAUCACCGUACACAGAGCCUAGAAAAUCAAAGGCACAUGUAACAUAUCCUCCGAAACGUCUUCACACACCACAAGAUAUUCUUCCUCCCUUUGUCAUAUCUUGUGGCUCUGAAGAAGGCGAUAAUGCCGAAACGUUAGCCAGAAUUAAUGUGAAUAACAAUUUUGGUUCUGCUCAAACGAAUUUAUGUACUCAGAAUUUCACAAAAAAAAAGCCGUCGCUAAAAAUGCGAUUCGACUUCAUCGAGCGACAUAUCGCUCGAUUCUUUAGCAAAUACGGCCGUUACCUUGCUAACAAUCCGCUUCCUUUUGUAAUAUUCCCCGUACUUUUCACAUUAGCAAUGGCCACAGGAUUUCUCCACGUAGAACAAAUUACGGACGCGGUUUAUUUGUUCACACCAGUUGGUGCUCGAAGUAAAAUUGAAAGAAAUUCAAUUCAUGAGAAAUGGCCAUUAACAGAGAACAACUACAUUGCUGGAAGAGCUGUUACUCAAAAUCGUGAAGUACAGGUGACAGCUUUGGCCCGUGACGGUGGCAACAUCCUUGAGCAUCAGUACGCUGAAGCAGUCUUCAGACUUGAUCGCUAUAUUCAGAAGAGGGUGCGAGUGCUGUUCAAACAUCGCUACUACACCUAUCAUGAUCUUUGUCUUCAAUACAAAGGAAGCGGAUGCCCUGCUAACAAACAUGUUCACGUUCUGUCCGAUCUCUAUAACCAUGGAUUUAACAUCACUUUUCCAUAUUUUCGUUUUGGAACAGAAGGCGGAUAUCUUGGAGGAGGUUUGGGAGGAGUUUCACUGAUGAAAACUGAGAACGGCACGAACAUCCUGGCCGGUGCCCGAGCCUGGUUACUUCUUUACCAUUUGAAAUUUUUCCCAAGUGAAACCAGUUAUAUCUCAGCUCUAUGGGAAAAGGAACUUGGAAAACAUCUUGCUGCUUAUCCGGAAGAUCCUUACAUAAAAAUCACUUAUUUUCACUCACAAACGUUAGCCGAUGAGCUCAAGCGGAACGCCGAAUCAUUGCUACCUCGAUUCAUCGUUGCUAUCACACUGUUGGUUCUCUUCUCCAUGAUGUGCUCGAUUGCGUUCGUUGAUGGGACCUACUAUAUCGAUUGGGUCUUGAGCAAACCAAUCCUGGCAAUUUUAGGAGUUGUCAAUGCAGGAAUGGGAAUCAUAACAUCUGUGGGUAUGCUUAUGUUGUUCGGAAUGCAAUACAGCGAAAUAGUAGCUGUGAUGCCAUUUCUGGUAGUAGCUGUUGGCACCGAUAACAUGUUCCUGAUGGUGGCUGCGAUUCGUCGAACCUCAAGAUCGCUCCCGGCUUCGGAACGAAUGGCCGAAUGCAUGGCGGAUGCAGCAGUAUCCAUUUUGAUAACGGCAACUACUGAUGCGUUUUCGUUCGGAGUCGGUGCUAUAACCUCAUUACCAGCUGUGCAUAUCUUCUGCGUCUACACCGGAGUAGCUAUAUGGUUCGCGUUCAUCUAUCAGAUAACCUUCUUUGCCGCUCUGUUAGCCAUGUUCACAAAAGUCGAAGAAAAUGGACGAAAUACUGCGUUUGGUGUGCAAGCUCUAACAGAAUCAGACAUGAAGGUUGCCACAUGCGGAAAUGACAUCAAGGAGUCCGCUAUCUCUGAGUUUUUCCGAGACUGGUAUGCACCACUUCUAAUGAAUCGACUCGUCCGCGGGAUUGCUAUGCUCUGGUAUUUGAUCUACCUCUAUUUUGCCUACUAUGGAGUUACUCAACUUAAGGAAGGCCUCGAACCAGUUAAUCUGCUCGUCGAAGACUCCUACGCGAUCCCUCACUACAAACUACUGCAGAAGUAUUUUUGGAAGUACGGAGCCAUCCUGCAGGUCGUCGUCAACAACGCGCCCGAUCUACGCAGUGCAGCCGCUCGCGAACGCGUUAAAGCGAUGGUAGGCGAUUUUGCGACAACGCGACAUUCGAUCGGAAUGGAAGGUGUUCAGUUCUGGAUGAAUGAAAUGGAAUCAUAUUAUCGCGACAAUCUGGACAUGAAAAUUAUCGACGGCGCUUUCUACAGUAUGCUACGACACUGGUUAGCGUCAAAAUAUAACAAUCCAUGGGCAGAGGAUUUGUAUUGGGGUGAAGAUAACUAUGGUAACUCUACUGUGAAGAGUUUUCGUUUUUUAAUCGGAAUGCGUGAUCUCUCAUCCACUCAAGAGCAAACUGAUGCAACAUUAAUGUUCAGAGAGGUGGCAGAUCGUUGGCCUGAAUUCAACGUUACCACCUUCAUGCCGUUAUGGUUGUUCACAGAUCAGUUUGCAAUAAUUGUACCGAAUACGGUACAAAACAUUAUUAUCGCUCUUGCAUGCAUGGUACUCAUCGCUUUUCUACUAAUUCCUCAACCAAUGUGCGCUUUUUGGGUCGCAUUAGCUUGCGGUUCAAUCGAUUUCGGAGUUGUUGGCUAUAUGACUCUGUGGGGAGUGAAUCUUGAUGCUAUCUCUAUGAUCACCAUUAUUAUGUCGAUCGGAUUCUCCGUCGAUCAUUCUGCUCACAUCACAUAUGGUUAUGUGGUUUCGGAAGCACCUCUUCCAAGAGACAAAGUCAGGGACGCUCUCUCUGCGCUUGGAUGGCCUCUUUGUCAGGGAGCAUUGUCAACUAUUAUUGCUGUUGCUGUGUUAGCUGACGUACCAGCCUAUAUGAUCGUCACUUUCUUCAAAACGGUUCUCCUUGCGAUAACAAUCGGUUUACUCCAUGGUCUGGUAUUUCUACCGGUGCUACUUUCAACGUUUGUACGAGGCUGUUGUUUCAUGGAUACUGAUUCGCCUUCGCUCAAAGAGAAAGAGAAGAUAACUCCAGCCGUUGUGAAAGACAUUGUGACACUGGAAGGAGGAAUGCGUAGAUGGUCACCACAGAUCCUACACGGCAUGGUUACUCCAUCUGUGCGAAUAUUCGAAUCGCCUGCAAGUUUCGCAUCACCUUCGCCAAGUAUUGAGGUCGGUUCGGCCGGAGUGCACAAUCGCUCGCGAAAUUCCAUCAAAUCUCCAGACCAUGUAAUUUCUAAAGAUUUCUAA